AUGUGGCAUGAAGCUAGAAAACAGGAAAGAAAGAUCAGAGGAUUAAUGGUGGAUUAUAAGAAAAGAGCUGAAAGACGAAGAGAAUUUUAUGAAAAAAUUAAACUAGAUCCAGCUCAGUUUGUACAUAUUUAUGGUAGACCAUAUAAAAUCCACCUGGAUCCAGCUACAGCUAUGGCAGCAGAAGGUCCACAAAGCAUGAUGCCAUGGCAGGGCCAUACAGAUAAUAUGAUAGAUAGAUUUGAUGUGAGAGCUCAUCUGGAUAUCAUCCCAGAAAGUGAUGGCAAGUUAAUAAACCCUUUUAACCGUAGUGAAGAUGAAGAAGAAAGACAAUGUAAUUAUGAAAGAUAUCGUUCUAUUGUUGAAAAUGAAGCUGCUGGAUUAUCAGAAGAACAAAGUUUACAUCAAAUACAUAUAGAUGAACAAUUUGGAUGUUUAAACCAAUCUCAUGAGGAAGAAAACACAAAGAAAAAAUCUGAGAAUAAAGCUGCUAUAGCCUUUACUUAUGAUGACAGUACA